GUCCUAUCAGAGCAGCAGAGCAGAGUCUGAUGUCGGUGGCUGAGGGUCUUUCAUCCAGACGUGUGUGACUCUUCAUCAACGGACGACAGCAGGUCAGACGUGAACGUUUGCUCCUUGUGGCUGCUCAUGUUUUAAAGAAAUGGAUCCUGAUGGUAAGAGAGGUGAGGCUGUUCCACUGUAUGAGGGGCAGUUUAAUGGGUACCCUGAACAGCCGGGACAGUUCGGCCCUCCUGGACAGUUCGGCCCUCCUGGACAGUUCGGCUCUCCUGGACAGUUCGGCCCUCCUGGACAGGGCGGACAGCCUGGACAGUUCGGCCCUCCUGGACAGUUCGGCCCUCCUGGACAGGGCGGACAGCCUGGACAGCCUGUUGGACCUGUAGUGGUUGACCAUACCACAGUGCAGAUCUCCACUGAGCCCCCCCGGGACCACAUCGUCUGGUCCAUACUCAGUCUUUUCUACGCAAACAUUUGUUGCCUCGGACUGGCAGCUCUCAUCUGCUCGAUCAAGGCCAGAGACCGGAAGAUGGCUGGAGAUAUGGUUGGUGCCCGACACCACGGCUCCACCGCCCGCACACUCAACAUCGUCGUUGCAUCUCUGGUUAUCGUCUGCAUCAUCAUUUCUAUUAUUCUCUUGAUCGAUGAACCAUAUGACUCAAUGUACAUCUACGACUUUUGGGGCGGCAGCUUGUAAACGAGCUGAGUCGUCAGCUGCUGCCGCUACGUUCCUUUGAUCUGUCACAUUUUAUACCUUAAACAUGUGAACACGACUGAUUUGUGUUUGUGUGUCCAAACUGUUUCAUUUGACAAUAAAAGAGUUUCCUAACCCGUGUGAUUUGAUCAAAUUGUUACAGAACAUUUCAGACUUAAAUCUGAAACAGGACGACAGCUACAAAAAGCUAAGAACAGUUAUGAGAGAGCAGAUUCAACGUUAAUAAAUCAGUGACAAGUGAUUUAAAGCUGCCACAGACGCUCGUUCAUUAUUAUUCAGGAAGUACCUUUUCAAAAUAAAAGAAACCAUUUCAAAAUAAAUGUAUCAAAACUUU